AUGGAAAAUUUUCAGGAAAAACAUGCAGUUAAUAGAAUAGUGGCAUUUGGAUUGUUGAACUUUUAUGAGGAGAGAACUUCCGAGUUUGAAGCAAUGCAAUCUUUGGUGUGUACAAGAGAUGAUCCUUUUUCAAGAGAAGCAAAAAUAACUCUUUAUAAAAAUGGGGUUAUUAUUUAUUUUGCGAAAACUACGUCAGAAGGAAAAGGAAAUGAGGAUACUGGUACUCGAUUAAAUGGUGAAGAAAUUGACACAAUUUCGCCUACUUUAGGUUUUAACAUUAAGACGUUGGAACACAAUGAAUUCAAAUUACAUGUAUUUGAUGUUGGUGGACAAAAAUCUAUUAGAUCAUAUUGGCGAAAUUAUUUUGAACAAACUGAUGGUGUAAUUUGGGUCGUGGAUAGUGCUGAUAGGAUGAGAUUAGAAGACACAAAAAAUGAAUUGAAGGCCUUAUUACAAGAAGAACGAUUAGCAGGUGCUUCACUAUUGGUUUUUGCAAAUAAACAAGAUCUCCCAGGAGCUUUAACCGAUGAUCAAAUACGCGAGGGACUUGAACUUGAUUCUAUAGUAACACAUCACUGGGCUAUUCAAGCCUGUAGUGCAGUAACGGGAGAAAAUUUACUUCGUGGAAUGGAUUGGAUCGUUGAUGAUAUAUCAUCUAGAAUUUUUUUAUUCGAUUAA